UGUCGCUCAGUGACGUGGAAAAAAUAACAUCCAGGCCGCUAGAUGGCGGUGUUUGUUUUGUUUACACCGCCGCCCGUUUCUGAUGAUAGAACCCCCGGAAGUGCUGUGAAGCGGUCCUUUCCGGCCCCGGUCUCUCAACAAGCGCAAAGAUGUUGAUGCCCAAGAAGAAUCGCAUUGCCAUCUAUGAGCUCCUCUUCAAAGAGGGCGUGAUGGUGGCUAAAAAGGAUGUGCAUCUGGCCAAGCACCCGGAGCUCGCCGACAAAAAUGUGCCCAACCUUCACGUAAUGAAGGCCAUGCAGUCUCUGAAGUCCUGCGGGUAUGUUAAGGAGCAGUUUGCAUGGCGCCACUUCUACUGGUACUUGACCAACGAGGGCAUCCAGUACCUGAGGGACUUCCUGCACCUGCCCCCUGAGAUUGUACCUGCCACUCUACGCCGCCAGACCCGCCCUGAAACAGCCAGGCCCCGCCCCAAGGGUCUUGAGGGAGAGAGACCAGCACGUCUGGCACGUGGAGAGGGAGACAGAGAUGCCUACAGGCGAUCUGCAGCUCAGCCUGGAGCAGAUAAGAAGGCUGAAGCAGGUGCAGGAGCUGCUACAGAAUUCCAGUUUAGAGGUGGCUUCGGGCGUGGCCGAGGACAGCAGCCACAGUAAUUCGCCACAUUCUGUGUAUAAUAAAUUUUGGAAACAA